AUGGCCAGAGUGUGCUCCGGCAUCGACGCUGCAGCCUUCGCACGCAAGCAGCGCGCUGCAGACGCGGGCGUCAUCGAGGUGGUCGUAGCGGCGCUGCAGGCGCACCCGCAGGAUGCGGGCGUGCAGCAGUUUGGCUGCUUAGCGAUGAACAAUUUGUGUAUCGGCACCGACGCCGCAGGGCUUGCACGCAUCCAGCGCGCAGCAGAUGCGGGCGGCAUCGAGUUGGCUGUGGCGGCGCUGCAGGCUCACCCGCAGGUGGCGGGCGUGCAGCAGUUUGGCUGCUUAGCGAUGGCCAACGUGUGCUUCGGCAGCGACGCCGUAGGGCUCGCACGCAUACAGCGCGCAGCAGACGCGGGCGCGAUCGAGGCGAUCGUGGCGGCGCUGCAGGCUCACCCGCAGGUGGCGGUUGUGCAGCAGUAUGGCUGCUGCGCGCUGGGCAACGUGUGCGCCGGCGACGACGCCGCAGGGCUUGCGCACAAGCAGCGCGCAGCAGAUGCGGGCGGCAUCGAGUUGGCUGUGGCGGCGAUGCAGGCGCACCCGCAGGAUGUGGGCGUGCAGCAGGAUGGCUGCCGGGCGCUGUUCAACAUGUGUUUCGGCAGCGACGCAGCAGCGCGGGCGCGGAGGCAGGGAGCUGUGACUGCGGGCGCGACCGAGGCGGUGGCAGGGGCUAUGCAGGCGCACCCGGGCGACGCAGCUGUUCGGAGCCGAGGGCAGCAUUUGCGUGAUCUUCUUGCCUGA